UCUGGUUUUAGAAAAGGCAUCUUUAUGAUAGUGAAAUGUCUUCAAAAAGUCGCAAGAAUGAAGAUGUCUGCAGGUCUCAACUGGACAACCUUAAUAGCAUUGGGACAUAUUCGCCACAAAUGUGUAGCAAUGAGAUAAAUGGCAAAAGGAGCCACUUUCUGGCGAGGGCACUGGCUACAUUGCCCCGGGGGCACAAACACGCUGCUAUGACCAGAUCAAACUCUUUGAUUGAAUCGUCUGGAACUGGACCACAAAGGAGAUUACUGGCUGUAGUUAAGCAAGAUAAUGAAACAUUUGGAUUUGAAAUUCAGACCUAUAAACUGCAACAUCAAAAUGUCCAUGCCUACGAAAUGUGCACUUACGUCUGCAGGGUGCACGACAACAGCCCUUCCUCUCGCGCUGGAUUAAAGAUUGGUGACAUGCUAAAGACCGUAAAUGGAGUCUGUACCGACGGCUUCACCCACCAGGAAACUGUAGAUCUAAUUAGGGCAUCAGGAAAUUACCUCAGGAUAGAGGCAGUUAAUGGAACAAAAAUUAGAAAAUCAGAAUUGGAAGCCAAGCUGUUGUUUUUAAAGCAAGACUUUCGUGAGAAAUGGGCCGAGCUGAGAACAGUACUGAGGAAAGAACAGGAGAUCAUUUAUGGAACAGUAGAUGAACAAAAAAUACAAGAAGCGAUGGACUCUCUUCAGUCCAAGAUGUUUGAAAGUCCCACGGCAUCAACCUCAUUCCUGAAUAAGCACAGAGUUUCGAGCGGGAGCAGUUGCAAAAGCCGACUGAGUUUCAUGACUGACUCCAGCGACGACUACUUGUGGCAGAUGUCUGUUUUUGAUGAAGACUCCGCUAGCGAAGGUUUCAGCCGCCAGUCUAGUAUAGACGAGGACACUUUCUAUGGGAAGCCCAAUGGGAUCUCCUCUAAAAGGUCUUCACUGAGCCGCCACAGGAGCAUCAGCGUGACUAGCAGCGGAAGCGAAUCCAUGUCGCCCAACUGGGACACACUAAGCUUUUCUAAUUUCUUCGGGACUUUGCCGAGGAAGAGCAGAAGAGGGAGCAUUCGGAAGCAUUUCUUGAAGUAUAUCCCUGGGUUGCACAGAUCAGUAGAGGAAGAAGAGAGCCCAGUCUGACAUUCACUUUACUGCUCAUGAGUUCUGGUAGCAUUAAUCUAGAUUGUAUCAGGUUAGAAAGAGAAUUAAUAGAAGCAAUGGACUAAGAUGAUGAAUAUAUACUGACUUUACUGUAAACCAUAGCUAAUACAAAGGUACAUUGCUAAGUAUAUAUGAACGUUAUAUAGCAGCUCUGCAAUAUUUAUUUAUUUUGUAUAUAGGAAGUCAUUAAACACAACUUUUUUUUCAAUAAAACAUAUUCAAUUAAA